AUGCGAACCCUCUGCGACGUUUGCGAGAGCGCAGCUGCCAUUCUCUUCUGCGCCGCCGAUGAGGCUGCUCUCUGUUCUGCUUGCGACCACAAGAUCCAUACGUGUAAUAAACUUGCUAGUAGACACAUUCGGGUUGGCCUUGCUGACCCCACAGAUGUUCCACGCUGUGACAUAUGUGAAAAUGCACCUGCUUUCUUUUACUGUGAGAUAGAUGGUAGUUCGCUGUGUCUGCAAUGUGACAUGAUUGUGCAUGUUGGUGGGAAAAGAACUCAUAAAAGAUAUCUUCUAUUGAGGCAAAGAGUUGAGUUUCCAGGUGAUAAAUCUGCCCAAAUGGAAGAACUAGGGCUGCAACCGCUGGAUCAAAAUGAAUUCGGAAGGGAUGAAAGUCAGUCACUCAAACCAAAAUCAAGAGACAGUCAGCACAAUCACAGUUUCUUACCUCUUCCAAGACAAGAAAAUAAUAUUGAUAUUCAUGGAAAAAUGGAUAAAAAGUUAAUUGAUCUCAACAUCAGGCCAUUGCGGUUAAAUGGACCAACACCAAACAACCAGGAACAAGGUAUGGAUAUUUUAAGAGGCAAUAACCAUGAAUCUGCAAGUGUGCCGCCAGUAGAAUCCUGCAAACAAGGGGCUGAGAAGUAA